CACAUCUCCAACGCCACCAUGCAGUACACCUCCCGGAGUGCAUAUUCCCAAGCAAGGAGCCGUUGCCUCUCAAAGCACUGUCUGCAGUAAUAUUGGUAUCCAAUUGCUCAAAGACGGUGGUAAUGCAGUCGAUGCUCUCGUGGGCACCGUCUUUUGCGUUGGCGUCAUUGGGAUGUAUCAUAGUGGAAUUGGCGGCGGUGGCUUCUUGCUAUUGAGACUGAGCAAUGGCACGUACGAAUUUGUCGACAUGCGCGAGACAGCUCCAGGUGCCGCUACUCAAGACAUGUACAACAAGGAUGAAAAUCUCAGCUUAUACGGCGGUAUGGCGAGUGGUGUUCCUGGAGAGCUUCGAGGAACAGAGUACAUACAUGACAAAUAUGGUGCUCUUCCAUGGGCCCACGUAAUAAAGCCUUCGAUCGAAGUUGCGAGGAAUGGUUUUAAGGUGACCGAGGACUUGAUCAACACCAUCAAACAGACUUCACCAAACAACUUCCUCACAGAAGACCCAGCAUGGGCGAUUGACUUUGCUCCCAAGGGACGCCUCGUCAGACUGGGCGAGACAAUGACGCGCAGGCGAUAUGCCGAUACCCUGGAGGCCAUUGCUCAGCACGGCGCCGAUGCAUUUUACACCGGGCCUAUUGCUAAUGCUACAAUCCGCGCAUUGAAAGCUGUUGGUGGAAUUAUGACGCUGGAGGAUUUGAAGAAUUACACUGUUGCCAUUCGAGAGCCCCUGCAGAUCAACUAUCGCGGGUACAAACUCACCAGCACCAACGCUCCAUCAAGUGGUGCGGUAGCGCUGAGCGCUUUGAACACUGUUGGCGGCUUUGAUGGAUUCAACGACCCUUCACAGGUGAAUUUGACAACACACCGGCUGGAUGAGGCUAUCCGAUUUGCCUACGGCCAGCGCACUGAGCUCGGAGAUCCGUCGUUUGUUGACGGCAUAGACAAAUACACCAAGGAGAUGAUUUCCGCCAAAACUGGAGCUGAGAUUCGUGCCAAGAUUUCAGAUUUCAGGACACAAAACGUGUCUUACUACGAUCCCAAAGGCUUGGAAUCUCUGGAGACGCCUGGAACGUCUCAUAUGGUGGCUGCAGAUGCCAGCGGAAUGGCUGUCUCAAUGACCACCACUAUCAACCUGCUCUUUGGAUCAACCGUCAUCGUUCCAGAGACGGGCGUUAUCAUGAACGAUGAAAUGAACGACUUUAGCAUUCCUGGUCUUAGCAACAGCUUCGGCUAUAUACCCAGCCCAGCUAAUUAUAUUCGCCCCGGCAAGCGUCCUCUGUCAUCCAUUUCUCCCAUUAUUGCAGAGACUGCAGACGGCAAGCUCUAUCUCGCGCUUGGCUCUGCGGGAGGCAGCCGCAUCAUCACUGCCAAUAUCCAGAACACGAUUCAUGUCAUUGAUGGAAAUAUGACAACUGCUGAGGCACUGGCACAGCCGCGUUUGCAUGAUCAGCUUGUGCCUGAUCUGGCAACUUUUGAAUAUGCAUAUGAUAACCAGACUGUAGCAUUCAUGAAGUCGCUUGGCCACAAUGUUUCGUGGAUUGCGCCGGGACAAAGUACAGCACAAGCCGUGAGGUUGCUCCCCAACGGAACGUUUGAGGCAGCAGGAGAGCCAAGGCAGGUGUCCUCUGGAGGAUUUGCAAUUUGAGGAUGCCAUAACUGGAAUAUGCAUAUAAUAAUAAAAUAAUAUUAAAUUGUAUAACUGUUUAUUGAUUCUAUUCGUGACCCUAAUGCACCUAAUUGGAGUGUCGCUUUUUAAUGUCCGCCUCCCAAUCUGUUAACAGCCCCAUGAUUUCAACAGAAUUUGUCCAGCUGGGCGAUGGCCGCGGGGCUUCUUUGACGCCCUGGGCAACACAGUCUUCCACACGCUUGACUUGAUGUCCAAAAGCAUCCAUUUGAGCGCCUACAACGAUUUCCUCCGUGGAUCCGCCAUAGGUCUUGAUCUCGAUGAUGUUAUCACCAGCCAGCGGGAGCCAGGGGUUUGUCCUAAAUCGCAGCACGCCUUUGUCGCCCUGGAUGGAAAAGCCAAAGUCGUUGCCGAAACUAUCGGUGGAUUGAAUGGUGGCCAAAACUCCGUUGUCGAAUCGGACAUUGAGAGAGGCAUCCCGAACAUGCAAGGUGCCCUCGCUGGAGACGUUGCCCAGUCCGGUGAUUUGUCUCUUUGCAAAGGCUUCAGGUCCAAAGGCAGUCUCCAUGAUGAAGUGCACCAGAGAAACCGGGUAGCAGCCCAAGUUGUAGAUGGUGCCCAUUCCGAGUGGAUUGGCCUUCUUCCAGAUGUUGGCGGCGUAGUAGCCCGACAU